AUGAUGAAAUUCUCUGGGGCACUACCGUGGAAAUAUCACAUCGACCUUGAAUACUUCGAGCAGCGCGCCGUCGAGUUCUACUUCAACAAGGGCGGGAAGAUCGAAUAUGCGCUGGACCUGAUCACUUCGUUGGACCAGCUCAUCGCGGAGUUAGAGAGCGGCGAAGAAACGAUUGAACAGGCCCACGGAUAUCUACCGGCAUGCGUCAAUGACAGAGAGAAGAGAAAUAGGCGCAUGUUCUUCGGGGAGAUGUACGACGGAUCCGACGAGGAAGAUGUUGUGGAAGAGACGAUAAAAUGGGUUCAGGAGUGGAUGAAGGCGACGUCGAAGAGGAUCUUGAGGACGGUAAAUGACCGAGAACGAAAAUGGUGGUGA